AUGUGGAGACACAGCUGCAGUCAUUUGAGGUCAGCUGUCUUCCUCAGCCGCCCGCCCUGGUUGCCUGUCUUCUUGCUAUGCACUGCGAGUCUCUUGAGCACAAAAUUUAAAUGUACGCAAGGGAUGCAGGUGACGUCCACAGGCCCGCAGACCAUCCAGAAGGCUGAGGGAGAGAGUGUGACUUUGGGCUGCAGUUACACACCGAGCCCUUCUGACACCGGAGAACUUGACAUUGAAUGGUCUGUGGUCAGUCCAGACACCACCCAGAAAGAUCAGAUGCUCCUGUCCUAUACCAGUGGCACUAAAUACAUCCAUGGCAACCAUGCUCUUGCAAAAGGGCUCAGCUUUGCAGCACGGGACCCCUCAAUGGGUGACGCCUCGCUCUUCAUCUCCCUGCUGUCACCUGCUCAGAGUGCUACCUACCAGUGCAAAGUGAAGAAAUCACCUGGAGUGGACACGCGCAAGGUGUCACUUGUGGUAAUGGUGAAGCCGUCUGCGCCUAAAUGCUGGGUGGAGGGAGGGGAGCUGGUCGGCGAGGCUGUGUCUCUGCACUGCAAGUCUGCAAGAGGCUCCGCUCCCUUAACAUACAUGUGGAGGAGAGAAAGUGCGCGCCCCAUCCCUGUUCCAGCCACACAGAACAGCGUGAUCGGGGAGCUGAAAAUCAGCAACCACUCGGAGAGCUUUGCAGGAAUCUACCUUUGUGAGGUGAACAAUGCCGUUGGAGCCGAACGCUGCAGGAUCAGCCUGAAAGCGAACAAACCUCCAAACAGAGCAGCGGUGAUUGUCGGGACCAUUGUGGGGUCUCUGCUCCUGAUCUUUAUCCUGCUGGUCUUCACUGGGCUUCUGUACUGGAAGCUGAGCAACAUACGUCGCUACGACAAUGAGUUUUCCAAUGAGAUCAGGGAGGACGUUCCGCCUCCAGAGAGCCGCCCAGUCAGCCGCCACACGAGCCGGAGCGCCAGUCGGCUGCCACAGGUCACUUACUGUCAGGUGGGAGGGACCGAGGUGAGCUCUUUCAACGGAGGACGCACACACACUCCCUCCAGCAACGGCCGUGGACACACACCAGUCAAAAGCACCGCAGCGGAGUACGACUGCAGGUACGGAUACGCAGUGUGA